CCCACGUGACGCGUUGCCGGGUGCGCGACGGGGCCAUGGCGGGGCGUUGCGCCGAGCGGGAUGCGGUGUGUGAGGCGCGGCUGCUGAGCGAGCGAGUCCAGAAGGAGCUGCGGGGCCAAAGGCUGCACACGCAAUUCGGACUCAACCCCUGGCGCCGCGUUCACGUCAUCACCAAGAAGCCCAUGUCUUGGCAUGAUCAUAUAGAAGAGCCAGCAGAUGCCACGUUUCUGAACAUUAUCCACCAUGCAGCACUGGAGCCAACAAAGAAAUAUCCAGAGCCACAAACUGAAAGCCAAGAAAUCGGCUGGAACACAACACCUUUGAUUCAAGUGGAUCGUACUGAUCGCAGACUCCAUUUCCCACGCCGGAAAACUGAGAACACUAACUAAAUGACUUGCACGGAGAGGAACAGUCUUAGAACCCGCGGUAGUAGAGUGACAAAGCCACACAACUUAAAAGCAGUUAAUGAUAUCUGAUAUUAGGCCCUGCUAGUUAUUAGGCGAGUCAGGUAGAGUUCUUUCAAGAGAAAACUGCAAGAAAAGGGAAAAUAGAACCUCAGUCUGCCCAGAUUUGCAGCCUGACCAUAGUUAACGAAAAUAAACCUACUUACAAGAUUGCUGCACUUGUCUCACUGCUGUUUACAAACACAUCUAUACAAAUACUCUAAAGAACACUAACAUCUUGACAGGCUUAUUC